CCAUCGCCCGCUCCGAGAGUUAGCCAAUCAAUUGAUAGCGUUUCUACUGAACACUGAGGAUUAUUUUAAUGAGCUGUAUGACAAAACUAAACGAAGCGAAUCGGUGUACUUAUGUUCAUCUGUCAUUUAUUCCUUAUCACACGGCCAAUACCGUUCGUAGUUAAAGUUGUAUCUAAUAAUUACUGAAAAAAAUUGUUUAUAUGGCUGUGAAUGCAGAAGCUUAUUAAAACCUCGUUCUGCAGUGAACACGUUAUUGUGUGGUUAAGUGUGUUGGUUAUGUACUCUAUAUAAUUUUUAACAGAGGCUUUUAAUACAUCAGGAUUGAAGUGACUCGCAUAUGAAAAGACUUGAGGAAGAAGCAUCAUAUUCCAGGAUAUGGCAGCGAUGAAUCCGUACGCUUUCCGGGGAUGGCACCUUCCAUCGUACGCAGACGGAGCAAAUUGUGACAGGAACUAUCAUAUGUAUGGAUCCUGGCCCCACUCUGGGUACUUUCCUCCGGGGUCUGUGUACUCUCUACAGGCAGACACACCAAAACAACACAGCAACAAUGACUGGAAGCUCAACAGUCUGUGUACAACGUCAUCAGAAGGUACGUCACCAAGGGGGGAUAAUUCGUCUCUUAUGAAGUCAGGAUAUGAAAGUUUGAUAUUUAAAUCCUGUAACAGCCAUGGGGAUAGUGAUACCCCGAGGGAGGAGAUUUCCUCUCAAAGAAACUGUUGUGCAAUUUCAUGCACAUGUAGUGCUCAUGAACGUUUGAAUGUUUUAGAUAAUUCUUGGAGGGCCCCGGAGGUUCCGACAGCACUGGACCUUAACAAAUCCGGAGCUGUGUCCGCCUAUCCUUCCCUCUGUCAAAGAGAUAUGCAACAAAUUCAUUUACCAUCAACGACACUAGCCCCCACCGCAGUGACACUCAGGAAGAGAAGGCGCCCCUACUCCAAAUUCCAGAUCGCUGAACUUGAGCGAGAAUACAAUAACUCAACAUACAUAUCUAAGUCUCGUCGCUGGGAACUUUCACAGUUAAUAAACCUCUCAGAACGCCAGAUCAAAAUCUGGUUUCAGAACAGAAGGAUAAAGGCUAAGAAAGUGACAAAAAGAGACGAUCCGCCACCAAAAACACAGUCAUCGUGUAUGCAACAGCAGCAACCAAUGAGCCACUGAGGAGAACCUGAAAUAGGGAACAAUGACGUAACUUGUUUGUGACGUCAAGAGCGCAUGCCCAGACUCAGGGUUUUUGUGGCUCUAGACUAAUUUUACCAAAGAUUUAACUCGCUGAAUACCUCAGUCUAAAGACGUAGUGAGUGAAAACACAGAGUUCAGAUAAUACUUCUGGCUCUUAUGGCUGCAAGCUUCGACUCUCGGGAGGUUAGCUUGUCUCGUGAGAAACAUACGAUAACAAAUGUCACUCUGAAUCGCACAGGUUUCUCUUAACUGGUUUUGUAGUAUUAUUUUGAACCUUCUCCUGAUGCAAGAAAGCUAUGUGAACAUUAGUUGUCUCAUGACAAUUUUAUACAUUGUAGAAAGGUCCCAAUUUUAGACGGCGGAUUGUGAAUCUGGUUGUCAUUGAAUGUCUGAUGAUUUGAUUAUAUCAAUUAUUAUAUUGACUUACAUGUGAUUUGUCCAAAGAUGAAAUGUAUUCUUUAAAAUGAAUAGAUGAAUAGCAAUGAAAUAUACUGUACUAUCACA